GGCUGGCAGAGAGCUAAAUGUUCAGCAGCAUACCGACACACAGAUACUGUACUCACCUCACAAUCUGCCCAGCCCAAGUCAACCUGUCAGGAGCAGAGGAGCACAACAUACUGGACUUAUUUUUCAAACGUUGUGGGGUUUUUUGGACAACUCACAGGAGCACCGUAAGCAGGCUAAGCUAGCAGGAAGAGCUAACGACAGUUGGCUAAAACUCCUGCUCCGUUGGUGGCCACCCAGUGCAGGCGGCUGAACUUGACAGAUCCAGCUAUGUAAGCUGCUCUGAUGUGUGGAUUUCUAAAUCCAUACAGCACCUGGUUAAGACAGCUUUCAAGCUGGUCUGGAGGAUCAUACUGUGACAUAAACAUCCCACACACCUCCAGCUGUUUUGGCUGAACAGGUGUAUGUUGGCCUGGAUCAUAGCAUAACCCCCCAGAGCAGCCUCCUCCCCUCCCCUACCUCUGCUCUUCCUGCACAACUACUAUGCCUCUGGGUUUGGGAAGAAGGAAGAAGGCGUCCCCGCUGGUCGAGAACGAGGAAGCGGAACCCAUCCGCUCAGGUCUCAAUGUGCCAGGUAUGGAUGACCUAGAUGGAGGUGUUGUCGGCCUGGGAGAAGGUGCCACCUCCGAAGGCCUGCCACCUCCACCGAGCAGCAUGCGACCUCGCCUCAUCUUCCACACUCAGCUCGCUCACGGCAGCCCCACAGGCCGCAUCGAGGGCUUCAGUAAUGUGCGGGAGCUCUAUGCCAAGAUCGGUGAGGCCUUUGGGAUACCUCCGUCUGAGGUUAUGUUUUGCACACUGAACACUCACAAGGUGGACAUGGACAAACUGUUGGGAGGUCAGAUUGGGCUAGAGGACUUUAUUUUUGCCCACAUAAAAGGACAGCGGAAGGAAAUAGAGGUGUACAAAGGAGAGGAUGCACUAGGGUUGACGAUCACUGAUAAUGGAGCUGGCUACGCUUUCAUCAAGAGGAUCCGCGAGGGGAGCGUCAUCCACCAGAUCCAGGUCAUCAACGUGGGCGAUAUGAUCGAGUCGAUCAACGGCCAUCGUCUGAUCGGAUGCCGACACUAUGAGGUGGCCAAGAUGCUGAAGGAGCUACCCAAAGGGAAGGAGUUCACCAUCAAGCUGACGGAGCCUCUGAAGGCCUUUGAUAUGAUCAGCCAGCGGUCUGGAGGGUCCAGGUCGGCAUCAGGGGUUCAGCUGGGGACCGGCAGAGGAACUCUGCGGCUGCGCUCCAAAGGCCCUGCCACUGUGGAAGAACUGCCCUCUGCGUUCGAGGAAAAGGCCAUCGAGAAGGUGGACGACCUGCUUGAGAGCUACAUGGGCAUCAGAGACAGCGAGCUGGCGGCAACCAUGGUGGAGCUGGGAAAGGACAAAAAGAACCCCGAUGAGUUUGCCGAGGCUUUAGACGAAACCCUGGGAGACUUUGCCUUCCCAGACGAAUUUGUCUUCGACGUCUGGGGCGCCAUCGGCGAUGCGAAGGUUGGACGGGUGUAACCGCAGACACUAAUGCAGCAGAACAGCCUGUGUGUGUGCGUCACACCUACAACAUUCAGCACUACUAGGAAACACAACACUACCGUCAUGAUUUUGUUUUUAUUCCAGUGUAUACUCCUAUUUUUCAUUUCGAGUGUACCCUGUUGGGAGACUCUGCCUACACAAAGAGCAUAAUGCCAGUUAAUGGGAGAAGAAGACUUGUGAUGCCUUCCCAAGUGCUUUUAUUUGUCUUCCGGCUUUUUCCAGAACCUACAAGCACGCCGAUGAGCAUUCCCUCUGACCACAUCACGUGACCCUGCAUGUCAUUGUUGUAGUUGCUGGCAGUGGAAAAAGUACAGCACAAGUCUCUAAUGUGGGAGAAAUGAAAGGCAACGGCUAACACAAAGUAGAUAUUUGAUACUUGCCCCCCCCACGUUGCACUGUGUUGCACUGCGCUGUAAACCAACAACAGAAGUGAACAGAUUGCACUGUACCUCACCUGGUAAGCGGCACAGUUAUUGCACAGUACAAGGCGUCGGCCUCCCUGAAUUACAGUGUCGUCCUGAACCACUCGAUGUUACUGAUAUGGAUCAGUUUUACAAGCAUGUGCUGUUAUAUUUUUAUCUUCAUAAUGAAUUCUGCUGGUUUUAUGAUCUUUUAUUUUGGUAAAAGAAAGAAACGUUGUUGAAAAAGGGUCAUGUGUAGCUCACUGAUUAAAGAUCAGCGAUGUUCGUUCACUGUUAACACUCCAAACUGCAGCUCAUUCCAGUCUCACUUUCAUACACUUGACAGAGUUACAGAAAAUCAGUGUUAAUUUCCUUUUAUUAAAGGUCACAGAGCUGCAACGAUUGGCCAAAUAGUCGAUCGAAAGACAAUUAAUCGCCAACUAUUUUGAUGAUCGAUUGAUUGUUUCAGUCAUUUUUCAAGCAAAAAUGUCAAAUAUUUGCUGGUUCCAGCUUCUUAAAUAUAAAGAUGUGCAGUUUUUUAUUUCAUCUUUCUGUCAUUUAUGAUAGUAAAUUGAAGAGCCUUUGGGUUUUGAACUGUUGGUUGAACAACAGAAUCAAGCUGAAGACGUCACUUUGGGCUCUGGGAAAUUUUAAUUAGCAAUUUUCACAAUUUUUUUGACAUUUUAUAGACUAAAUAGUCGAUCGAUAAUGAAAAUAAUCCUUCGUUGCAGCCCUGGUCAUUAUAGGAGAAUGAGAAGCAGAUUGGUUUCCAGGUUUGUGGAUUGUGUUGAAUUAUUUUUUUUUUUAUAGCUAGUGUUUUCAUAUAAAGUGAUGUGAUGUCUAUUUUAAAACAAGGUUUGUGGAACAUGAAGAAUUUGAUCAGGUGUUACAACUACUUCGUUGUUUGGAAGCAUUACAGAAGGCAGUAUUAACGAAGAGGAAGUCAUGACAUGGAGUAAUCGUGUAAAAGAAAAGAAAAAGGAAUCUGUGAAGAACAAAAUGCCUUCAUUUCUUCUCAUUUCAUGCAAUUUAUUUUGUACUUUUUUUCUUAGAAGUAUGCAUUAGGGAGCAUGGUGCUGAAAAAUCAAGAAUCCUGUCAUUGGAGCAGAACGAUACCAAACUUGCAUCUCGCGUCGCAGUGACUUGUGUUGUUCACGGAGAGAAAAAACAGGCAAUGCUGCACCAACUACUCGGCGUCGGUAAACACGUCUUAAAAAAAACCCAAACUUUUUGGUGUUAACCUUUUCAGUAUAUCCAAAUGUAUGAAGCUAUUUUGUAGUUUUGUUUCACUCUUCAGAGUUAAUGAAUAUCUAAAUGGGUUAUGUCAUGAAACUGAUGCUAGAACACUGUAACACUGAGAAGAACACGUUAUUUUGAUGGCUUUGUAUUACACUGUUGUCAAUGUCCAAUUAUAAUGCAAUAAUAAC